GCGGAGUGUCGCGGUCGUCAUGCAUGACUACGAUGCGGCCACCGCCUUCUUGGGCGAAUGGGGACGCUUCCAGCGCCUCGUUUUCUUUCUACUCAGUGCCAGCAUCAUUCCCAAUGGUUUCAAUGGGAUGUCGGUCGUGUUCCUGGCCGGCGCGCCCGAGCACCGGUGCAUCGUGCCCGGCGGGGCCAACCUGAGCGACGAGUGGCGCAACGCCAGCAUCCCGCUGGAGCUGCGGGGCGGGCAGGAGGCGCCGAGCCGCUGCCGCCGCUACCGCCUGGCCGCGCUCGCCAACUUCUCGGCGCUGGGGCUGCGACCCGGCUCCGACGUGGAGCUGGAGGCGCUGGAGCAGGAGCCGUGCCUGGACGGCUGGGAGUACAGCCGCGAUGUCUAUCACUCUACAAUCGUCACCGAGUGGAACCUGGUGUGUGAGGACAACUGGAAAGCCCCAUUGACCACCUCUCUCUUCUUUGUGGGGGUCCUCAUCGGCUCCUUCAUCUCAGGGCAGCUGUCAGACAGGUUUGGCAGGAAGAAUAUCCUUUUUUUGACAAUGGCGGUGCAGACUGGCUUCAGCUUCCUGCAGAUCUUUUCUACCAGCUGGGAGAUGUUCACAGUGCUCUUUCUCAUUGUGGGGAUGGGACAGAUCUCUAACUACGUGGUGGCCUUCAUUUUGGGCACAGAAAUUCUUGGCAAAUCAGUUCGUAUUCUAUUCUCUACGUUAGGAGUUUGCAUAUUUUUUGCAAUUGGCUACAUGUUGCUGCCACUGUUUGCUUACUUCAUCAGAGACUGGCGGAUGCUGCUGCUGGCGCUCACUGUCCCGGGGCUGUUCUGCAUCCCGCUCUGGUGGAUCAUUCCUGAGUCUCCUCGGUGGCUGAUCUCGCAGGGAAGAUAUAAGGAGGCAGAAGCUAUUAUCCAAAAGGCUGCAAAAAUAAAUGGCAUUCCAGCUCCAACUGUGCUUUUCAAUACUGCAGAGAUGCAGGAUUCGAAGCCUCAGCAGCAGCAGAAGGCUAUCCUUCUGGACCUAUUUCGAACCCGAAACAUUGCAACUAUUACUAUUAUGUCAUUACUUAUGUGGUUUUUCACAUCAGUUGAUUACUUUGGCCUGUCCCUCAGCACUCCAGAUUGGCAUGGAAAUGCCUACGUCAAUUGUUUCCUCUCAGCUGUUAUUGAAGUUCCAGCUUAUGUGAUUGCCUGGCUUCUCCUCCGCUCCUUCCCACGCCGCUACUCCUUAUCUGGCACCUUUUUUUUAGGGGGAAGUGUAGUCCUCUUCAUUCAAUUGGUUCCUGCAGAACUUAAUGUCCUCUCUGUUGGACUGGUGAUGCUUGGGAAGUUUGGCAUCACAGCUGCGUUUUCAAUGCUUUAUGUCUACAAUGUGGAGUUGUACCCAACACUAGUGCGAAACAUGGCAGUUGGAGCAACUUCCACGGCUUCCAGGCUGGGCAGCAUCAUUGCUCCUUAUUUUGUUUACCUGGGUGCCUAUGACAGAUUCCUACCAUAUAUCUUGAUGGGAAGCCUGACAGUGCUGAUUGGGAUCCUUACCCUGUUUCUCCCAGAGAGCUAUGGCAGUCCACUGCCCGAGAGCUUUGAGCAGAUGCUGAAGGUAAAAUGUUUCAGAAAUGGGAAACAAACCACUGGCAUUAGAAGUUCCAAGGAGAGUCCUAAAAGUCUGAUAACACCUUUGUGAAGAAAGACACACCUCUCAGAGGGGCUGAAAGAAGAACAAAAUAAUUUCAAAAUGCAUUUUCUGCCAGAGGAAAAUGAACAAAACCCAACAGCUACUGCACCAUAGUUGCUAUCUCCUGCGCUGCUGUCCCCAAAUUACAUAGUCUACUGAUCAGAUGCUGUCUACCUGUAGGACUAUUAGUGUGUAAUUCAGUGUCCUGUUUCCUGGGGUUUGUCAGCAGACACAGUCCCUGUUUAGAAAUGGGGGCCUGUCUGCGCUAUACACAAGUAAGCUGGAAGUGAGCCUUAGAAAUAAUACAGCAGUGACUCCAGGCAGUCAGGUACUUGAUCAAAGCUGCUGAAUGGGGAAAAAAAUAGCAAAUGUAA